CUAAGGGAAAACAAAUGUAAACAAGUAGAAAAUGUUUGUAAAUGUCAUUAUUCUUUAUUGGAUGUAACAUGGUAUUGGGAUACUAUGAAUACUGAUAAUGCUGAGGAGUAUGUUGAAGAUUUUAACGAUGAAUAUGUUUGUGAUAACCUGAAGUUCAUGGUCGCUGCCCAGGAAGGUUGUCUGGCUGUCAUCUCGGAAUGUCUCUCGGCCGGCCAGGACGUCGACUCGCGAGACUACAUGUUCGACGAGACGGCGUUGAUGCGAGCGUGUCGGUACGGACACAUUGACACGAUCAAAUACCUGCUGGAGAACGGGGCGGACAUCAACGCGACCACAUCAGAAGGGUCGAGUGCGCUUCACGUAGCCGUGCUCCUCCAGCACCCACACUGUCUCGAGUUCCUUCUCAGCUGCAAGAGCAUCAAGAAGGAUGUCCAGGACAGUAGGGGCAACACGCCACUCAUGGUGGCAGCUGAGAGAGGUUUCGCUCGUUUCGUCCAGCUGUUGCUCACCCGCGGGUGUAACCCAAACAUUGCCAAUGCUGUUGGCCGCACGGCGAUUCAUUUCAGCUUGAUGCCGUACCAGGGGAUCAUUGGUAACAGGGAUGGCUGUACAUGUUUGCGCAUCCUCGUGGAACAUGGAGCCAACAUAAAUGCCGUGGAUCAGAAUGGAAUGACGCCUGUACACUGUGCAGUGCAGCGAGGAAACAAAUGGGCGUUGUACUUCCUUGUGUGUGAAAACUGUAACCUGCAGAAAGUGUAUCAUGCAUGGACCGUAGACACGAGGCAGGAGUUUGGUGUGGAUUUGCCAGCCACGCCGCUGGUGAUGGCUGUGUACUACCUAAACGAGUACAUGGUGACGUUGCUGUACCACUGUGGUUGUGACAUGUUGCUGAGUGCGCAGAUGUUGCCCUAUGCGUCAAAGAGUCCUCCUCUCUACAAUAUCUUACUUGCCGCUGGGACCUCGCCCAGAAACUUGAAAGAUGCGUGUAAGUUUGUUAUCAGAGCUGUUCUCGGUAUUGGAGUUCAGACGAAAGUGAACAGUCUUCAGAUACCAGACUGCCUCAGAUCCAUCCUGCGGCUCACUGACCUGCAGGUACCGGGAAAUAAAAUACACGAAUGAGACCGUAUUAGUUACUGACCAAAAUGGGCAUUAGACUUGAGAUUUCAUUGUACUUUGUAGUGUUAAAACAAUGCGAGUUUGCAGUGUUAAAACAAUGCGAGUUUGCAGUGUUAAAACAAUGCGAGUUUUGUCCUAAUAACAUCGAAGUUGGGAUGAAAUUCUCAUUUGAAUAAAUUUUUAGGAGUUUGGUUUAAAGGUGUACAUGAUAAAGUUCUACUGCAUUAUUGCAUAUACUGUUUGGACGAAAUGCACUGGACGCUGACAGCACACAGUUUAUUUCAGGGUAGAUCGAUGGUAGCACAUGAUCUCCUGAAUUAUCUUCUUGUUCUUGAUAGAGGCAUGCACUUUGGACAAAUAAGUAUUCAGAGAAAUUCUGUAAUAAAUUUAUUUUUGUAUUUUUUAUAUUGUAGGACUAGAACACAAUCCCCAAUAAAUAAAUUUUAAAAAACUAUUAAUUUGCUCUUAUUCAAUAAAUUAUAAAUUCUAUUA